GUAGUCCACUCUAAACACCUCCAGCAGAGGAUCCAAUCAGAAGCCAAGGAUGAAGGUCCUACUGCUGACUCUUGUACUCAGUCUGGUUUGCGCUGACCUGUCUACAACAGACCUCUCACAGCUUUCAGGGGAAUGGAAGACCAUUUAUGUGGCUGCCAGUGACCUGGAGAAGACAAAUGAGAAUGGCCCAUUCAGGGUUUUUACUUGUGCUAUUAAUUUUGACAUGGCAAAUGAUGAAAUUAUUUUGGAUGUUUUUGUCAAGAUAAAUGGACAAUGCAUACCAUUGUCUGUCACUGGAAAGCGGAUAAAAGGCAAUGUUUUUGCCAUUAACUAUGAAGGCAAAAUUCUUUAUGAGCCUAUUUAUGCAUCAGAAACAUCUUUGGUGGCAUAUUUAAUCAACGUGGAUGAGAAUAAUGAGGUGUCCAAGGUUACUGUGAUGCUCAGCAAAGGAAAUCAUGUGAAUGAGGUAGAUUUUGAGAAAUACAAGGAGCUGACGCUAGAAAAGAAUAUUCCAGAAGGAAAUAUUGUGGAUCUUGCCAAUUUAGACAACUGUCCUGAAAAUGAAAACAGAGUCUUCAAUUCACAGAGGCAGUUAUGUUCUGGAAACCAGACACGUCUUCUCCAUGGAACAUAACCAACCACAGGAGAAAUUCUCCCCAUGUUCCUGCCCAACAUCAUCUGUCUCUCUUCAUGAACUCACUCUCUUUCUUCCCUUCCAGUUACCAUUCAGAGCCUGAGUGGUGUUACUGGAUUUCUGUGUAUUCAAUGAACUGAUUAAAGAACAAUUCUG